ACUUGGUGGCGUUGUCUACCAGUUACGUCAUGUGCACGUUUAAGAUGGCGCUAACAUAGUGACGUCUGUUUGUACUCGAGGAGCGCUUCUCUUCGCUGUGUUUUUCUCUAAGUUAAACCAGAUCUAUCGGUAGUACACCACUACUUUGUAUAUAUGAGUAAACUCGCCCGGCAAAAAUACUUAUUCAUUUAGCUGGGGGAAUCUUUUGUUUCCAAAAUGUCGGAGGAGAGAGACGUGCUUAGUAUCACAGACGACGAGGAAAACGAUGAGUUCGAAGAUGAAGGCCACUUGCCAGAGAAACACGGCACUCUAAGUAAAUGGACUAACUAUCUUCAUGGUUGGCAGGAUCGGUACGUUGUGCUUAAGGAUGGUACUUUCAGUUAUUUCAAAUCCGCCUCCGAAACAGCCUAUGGAUGUAGGGGCGCUGUCAGUUUAAACAGAGCCUGUGUGACGCCACAUCCAUUUGAUGAAUGUCGGUUUGACGUCAGCGUCAAUGAUAAUGUAUGGUAUCUUCGUGCCAAAGAUGUUGAAGAAAGGAAAUUGUGGGUUGGUUCUAUAGAAUUACACAAGGAACAGGUGACAAACAGUCCGGAUUUAGCAUCCGGUAUCCAGCCAUAUAUCCAUCAGGCUGAAUCUGGCUAUGGAAGUGAGAAUAGCUUAAAAAGACAUGGUUCUCUGCUCUCUCUAACGUCGGGUACAAGUUUAUCAACAGCAUCAGCCUCCUCUUUCAAGCGUGGUAGAGGUCUUCGAGAAAAAUUGGCUGAAAUGGAAACAUUUCGAGAUAUUCUUUGCCGCCAGGUGGAUACAUUACAGAGUUAUUUUGAUAGCUGUGCUUCUGCGGUGGCUGAAGGAACUGUACAUGAUUUGACUGAACAUGAUGACGACAUCGAUGAUAUCGAUGAUUAUGAUACACCAACAUCGGGUUCAUCACAUCCCUCAAAGAUAGGUGGUCUAAAAGGACGGGAUCUCGCCCUCAACCAACAGCGACUGUUUGCUUCCACGCUGAUAAUGUCUUCCAUUCUGCAGCAACAUGGUGGCCAUGCUCCUGAUUUCAAAGGUGAAGCCUACACAUUUAAGGCAACUACAGCCGGAAUUAUUGCAACUCUUUCUCAUUGUAUAGAAAUAAUGUCCCAGAGGGAAGAUGCUUGGCGUAAACGCAUGGAAAGGGAAGUGGAGAAACGAAAGAAAGUUGAAGAAUCCUACAAAUCUGUUUUACUGGAUCGACAAAAGCCAAUAGUAUUUGGUGGACCAGAUUAUGAAGAAGGGCCACAUUGUGCAAUUAAUGAAGAUGAGUUUUUUGAUGCUGUUGAUGCUGCUCUUGACAAAUUGGAAAAAGAGGAAGAAAGAAAACUUAACCCUGUUGGUAAACCAAUGCCCCCUCCUGCUAUCUCUCUAUCACCUAAUCACAGCUUGUAUAAUGAGAUUAAUCAAAUUACGGGUGAACACUUGAAUUAUUUAGAAGAAAAAAAUGCUGCAGGUGAAGAAGAUAACUGGAUUCUUAUUCAUGAAGAAGGAGAGAUGAAAGUUUUGAAACGAGAACUAGAAGAGGAUGGGCUUGUCAUUGAUCCUCUGAAAGCUGUCCAUACAGUUAAGGGAAUCACUGGUCAUGAGAUUUGUCAUUAUUUCUGGGACUUGAAUGUACGAAUGGAUUGGGAAGGCACUCUUGAAAGCACUCGGUGUAUAGAAUGGUUGUCUGAAGAUACCUUUGUCAGUCACAAUGUCAUAAAACGUGUAUGGCCUGCAUCACAAAGAGAUGCUCUUUUCUGGUCCCAUAUUCGGCAUGUUAUUAGUGAUGAUGAAGAAAAACCAGAUCUCUGGAUUGUUGUCAAUUAUUCCACAGACCAUCCCAGUGUGCCACCUAAUAAAUAUGUUCGUGUAAAAAUGAAUGUGUCAAUGGCCUGUCAAACAUUAAUUGAACCGCCAAAUGAUAGUGAGAUCACUCGGGACAAUAUAACGUGCAAAAUCACAUAUACUGCCAAUGUUAACCCUGGAGGAUGGGCCCCAGCAUCUGUGUUGAGAGCUGUCUACAAACGAGAAUACCCUAAGUUUUUGAAACGCUUUACCUCAUAUGUGAAAGAAAUCACUGCCAACAAACCUAUUCUGCUUUAAUGAUAAAACUCCUUUGAAAAAGGAAGAGGAGCAGCACCCAUGAUCUUUGCAGGCCCUCUCUCACUGGUGAUGUUGAUGCAGUUGAGAUGUUCUUGAAAUUCUAUAGGUCAAUGCUUGUUGGUGGGGAAGGGCUGGGCUGGGAGAUUGGGGGAGGGGAGGGGAAAGAGGGGUUUGGGAAGAAUGGGCAGGGAUUCAAGUUCCGCAGAGUUGCAGAUGCUGAAUGGAAGAAGGAUCAAGGAAAAAAAUGUGAGGUGGGUGGGUGGUGAUGGUGGUGGUUGUCAGAGUGGGUGGGGCUUGCAAAGGGAGGCAAAGUAGGAAACGAGUAUGGGAAUAGAGGUAGGACAGUCGGGUCAGCUUGGGUUAGAGAUGAUAAACAACUUGAUUGUUCGGAUGAGCAGAAUGCCUGUGGGGUUAGUGAGCGUAGUGUUGUUGUUGUUGUUGCUGCUGAGUGAAUCUUUGCUAACCAGCCAGACAGCUGUUCUAGAUGUGAUGUAGUGUGUAUGUAUGUAUGUAUGUAAGUGUGUGUGUGUAUAGGAGCAGUGACAUUGCAGACAUAAGAGAAGUACUUUGAAUUGCACUUGUGUUUGUAGAGGAUCAUAUGAUCGGGCACAUGCUCUUAUGCACGUGCAAGUAAUAACUGUUGUGUCUGUGUAUCUCCCUCUCUCUCCUCCUCCUCCUCUCAAUGAAAGACAGAAAAGUGAUCAAGUUAUAUAAUACAGAGAAGCCCCAGCUGCAAGUAAUUGUAUAAACCCAACUCUCUGUAUUGAGUACCUUGUUUUUUUUUUUUUUCUCUUCUUUGUAAAUUCAAACAAACACACACACACACAUUUUCGCUCAUCUAUUUGAAACCGAGUCCUCACUAGGUUGCUCUCUGCAUUUCCUGUAACCAUGAAACUUUGAGGAGCAAAAGAGUGAAACCUCAGCUUUGAAUAAAUUCCACUAAACGUAUUCUCUUUCUUAAAUGCCCGGAGAUACACACACACACACAACACACACACACACACACACACAUUACAUAUAAAGAGCUAAGAAAUUCAAUAUUAUGUACAUAACUAUAAACUCCCCCCCCUCCUUGAAACUACACACAAGUGAGUUUGCUCACAUACACACAC